GAAAAAGAAAAAGAACGCCGCGGAACCGGCGAAUUACUAGAAAGUAAAAGACGGAGGGAGCUUUGCUUGCCAAAACCCAGCACCCAAAACCCCAAAGAGAGAGAAGGAUGAUGAGGAGGAGCCUACAGUUUCUCAGUGCUCGCAGGUGCUUCGUCUCCUCCUCUUCAUCUUUCAGAAGCCUUUCUUUCCUAUCAGCCCACCUCAAAAGCCCAUUACCCUUUCUCCUGAACUCUCCUCCUCUUUCUUCUUCUUCUUCGUCCUAUCUUUCUGGUUUGGUUGGUUUCUCUCUUAAACCCUGUCUCACAAUAUUUCCUUUUCUUACUCUUCGCUUCGUAAACACAGAGUCCUCUGAGGAUACUGAGGAUAAUCAAGAUGACCCUUUUGAAGGGUGUAAAAGUAUCACAUUUUCAGGUGAAGAAAUUGAAGAGCAAGGGACCUCAGGUGGAUGGGAAGAGGGAGACACCACAGAUGGUUGGGAGGAAGAGGACGUCGGUGAGCCUGAGAUUGGCGAUGGGGGUGAUGGUGGUGGGGUGGUAUUGCACGGUGUCCCCUGGGGUGAGCGGGCUCUGUCCAUUGCUCAUGAGGCCUUAAAGCAAUUUGGAGAUAAUGUCAAGCUCUUUUCUUUCAAGACUACUCCUCGAGGAUAUAUAUAUGUGAGACUGGACAAACUGUUAAACGAAUAUGGUUGUCCCAGCAUGGAGGAACUUGAAAGCUACAGUCAAGAAUACAAGAAAAGAUUAGAUGAAGUUGGGGCACUUGGAGAAAUACCUGAAAAUUUGGCUCUUGAGGUGUCAUCUCCGGGUGCAGAGAGGUUACUAAAGAUACCGGAUGAUUUACAUCGGUUCAUAGAUAUGCCUAUGAGAGUAAGCUAUGUAGAAGAUGUGGAUUCUAAAUGCCGCGAAAAGGAAGGAGUAUUCAAUCUGGAGACCAUCGAGGCUGAGUCCGAGAGCUGUGUGUGGAAGUUGGCAAAUGUGAAGGAAAACAGGGACCCUGCUAGCAAAGGCAGACCAUUAACACGUAAACAGAGGGAUUGGAGAUUAAAAUUGCCAUUUUCAGGGCAUAGAAGGGUACUUCUGUAUCUAGAAUACUGAAAAUCGCCAAUCUAGUUGUAUUUUAGAACUCAAGUUGCUAAAGCUUUGUGACGUUUCUGUUUAGAAAAUGUUGGUUAGGAAACACA